CUUCCGACCAGCAGAUCCUCUACAUCGCCGACGACAACGAGAUCCGCAGCCUCUUCUCUUCCCCCGGACCCGGACUCCGGAUACGAGCAGACGUUCCGCGGCGGGGAGUCGGUGCGGAUCGACGCUGUCGACCUCCACGUCAAGGCGGGCGUCGUCUACUGGACCAACUGGCACACCGGCGUCAUCUCCUACCGGCGGCUCCCGGCCAACGGCAACAGCGGCAACGGUAACAGCAACGGCAACGGCAACGGCGGCAAUGGUAACGGCAACGCCGGCCACCGGGUCAGGAGGCAGGACGACUCCGGGGUGGUCGAUCUCAACAUCCCGGGAUUGAAGAUGCCACGUGGGAUUGCGGUGGACUGGGUAGCGGAGAACAUCUACUGGACAGACUGUGGUCGCGACGUCAUCGAAGUUGCUCAGAUCCAGGGCGGGAAUCGUAAAACCCUCAUCUGGGGCAUGAUCGACCAACCCCACGCUGUUGUGGUCGACCCCCUCCACGGAACGAUGUACUGGUCUGAUUGGGGAAAUCAUCCCAAGAUCGAGAAGGCUUCCAUGGAUGGGACUUUGAGACGGACCCUGGUGGAGAAUAAUCUACAAUGGCCGACAGGGCUGGCAGUGGACUUCUUCAAUCAGCGCCUGUACUGGGCAGACGCAAAGCUGUCGGUCAUCGGCAGUGUCCGACUCGAUGGGAAUGACCCCGUGGUGGCGAUCGACUCUCGACACGGUCUAAGUCACCCUUUCAGUAUUGACAUCUUCGAAGACUACAUAUACGGGGUGACAUAUGCAGACAACAGGAUCUUCAAAGUCCACAAGUUCGGCCGAGAGCAAGCGCGGACCCUGGCGUCCGGCCUUAACCACGCCACUGACGUGGCCCUGUUUCACCAACUCAAACAACAAGAUGUUACGAACCCGUGCGAUCGGAAGAAAUGUGAGUGGCUCUGCCUCCUUAACCCGACUGGGGCCACGUGUACCUGCCCGAACGGCCGCUCCAUGGUCAACGGGACGUGUGUGGAGACGUCCUCACCCACUCUCUCCCCCAACGCCCCGACUGCCAGCUCGUGUUCACUGCGCUGUGUGAACGGCGGGACGUGCUUUGUGAACGAGCGCUCGCAGCCCAAGUGUAAAUGCCAGCCGCGUUACAGCGGGGACCAGUGCGAGGUGGAUCAGUGUCGCCAGUACUGUCUCAACGGGGGCACCUGCACCGCCUCACCCUCAGGAAUGCCGACGUGCCGUUGCCCGAACGGCUUCACCGGCUCUGACUGUGGACAACGUGUGUGUGACGGGUACUGUCGGAAUAACGCUCCCUGCACCGUCAACUCCGGCAACCAGCCUCACUGCCGAUGUUCCGAUGGAACCGAUGGCGAUCGAUGUCAAUACCGGAAGUGCAGUGAUCACUGCCUGUGGGAGGGGAGGUGCCGACUGACGGAGGAAGGGGUGCGUGAGUGCGUUUGUCCCCCUCGAUACGAGGGGAGUCGCUGCGAGGUGGAUCGCUGUGACCGAUGCAAGGGCAGUCCGUGCCGUGUAGAGACCACAGGGGAUGUCGUUUGCAAUUGUACCGAUGGUACGAUCGCUCCGAGCUGCCUCACCUGCCAAGAAUAUUGCCAGAACAGUAUCAGCUGCGACAUCGAUCCCCGGACUCAUCUUCCCCUCUGUCGGUGUGUCAGUGGGUGGAGCGGUGAUCAAUGUGAUGUCGAACAGACGAGACAAGGCUUGUCUAGUAACGCAGUCUCAGUCAUCGCUCCUGUCGUGGUUCUCCUGCUGCUGUUACUCCUGACGGUGGGGGCUGUGUGUUGGUAUCGCAGAAGAUCACGGGGUGCCAAAGGCUUCCAGCACCAACGAAUGACGAACGGUUCAAUGAACGUUGAGAUUGGCAAUCCCACGUACAACAUGUUCGACACAGAGGCCGAUGAAGGGGCCGGGGAACUCCUAGACUCCGAUUUCACCCUUGAUCCUGACAAGCCCACGAACUUCACCAACCCCGUCUACGCGACUCUCUACAUGGGAUCGCACGCCAGUCGCCAUUCGCUGACCAGCACCGACGAGAAACGCGAGCUGUUGUCGUCCGCGGCGGACGAGGAGGAAGAAGACGAGGGCGCGGACCCCAUCGCGUAGAGAAUCCCCCCCGCGGUCACUUCACUACGACCAAUCCCGAUCCCACCCUCCCCACCCCCCCCCC